GACAGUGGGGACAGCGCCUGGCACCCCGUGGCUGUGCUGUGGGGUUGGGGACACCGAGGGGACACGGGGCUCAGCCUGUGUGACACCUGGGGUGAGUGAGGGGGACAUCUGUCCUGAGGGGGGCUGAGGGCACAGAGGGAGGGACAGACACGGGGACAGAGGCGGUGACACGGCUGCGGCAGGGGGACAGGAUGGGCGGUGUGGUCAGAGGUGACAGAGCUGAGCAGCGAGCCCGGGGUGUCCCCGUCCCCCUCCCCACGGGUGUCCCGGGGCUCCAUCCACCCCCGGUGACCGGGGCUGUCCCCACAGCGGGCGCCCUGCGGGUGACCCAGGAGCCGGGCGAGCUGCAGGCGGCCGCGGGUGACACGGUGGCCCUGGCGUGCCAGGUGGAGGUGGCCGAGGGCGGGACCCUGCUGCGGAUGGAGUGGGUGAGGGGCGGGGGGCUCGGGGUGCUCUGCGCCACCCGCCUGCCCCUGGGCACUCCGCUGCCCCCGUUCCCCCGUCCCCGCUGUGCCCGGGGGGCGCAGCUGGCCUGGCAGCCCCCCCGGGCCACCCUCAGCCUGCCGCAGGUGCGGGACAGCGACAGCGGCAGCUACGUGUGCAGCGUGACCCUGGAGAUCCCCCGGCACGCCACCGCCACCGGCAACGGCACCGAGCUCCGCGUCAGCCCCGCAGCUCUUGGAGGACACCAGGCAGCGCUGCUCUGGCCGCUCCUGGGGGGCCUGGGGGGCACCGCCCUUCUCCUGGGCAUGGCCGUGCUCGGCCACCGCUGCUGCCGCAGGAGCCCAGGCGCUGCCCACCCCGACACGGCCAUCUACGUGAACGUGGUGUCCCCCCCGGCCGCCGCCAAGCCGCCCCCCGCCCAGCCGAAGGUGUGCCCGUACGAGGCGGAGCCGCGGUGGGCACGGGGCCCCCCCCGGCGCUGAGGGUGCCCGCAGUGCCUCGCACCCUCCCCAGCUCUGCCCUUCCUCAGGAAACCCCCCAACAAAGGUGUUUGGCAGCAUCCUGU